GACGCAUGCACUUGCGAAAAGGCUGCCGAUGGAGGCUUCAAGCCGACGGACCUCGAGACCGACUUCACCACCAAGAACUAAACUUCGACGAGAGCGUGAACUACUGGGGACGUUGUGAUCCUGAGGUGAUAGAGAGAGAUCGGCAGCUCAGCGCAAACUUUUCGUUUCUUUUCGACUAUCUUUAAAACCAUGAUAACAGCACCAUCCAUAUCGGCAUUGAGCGGACCAACAAUAUCAGCGAACGUGGUGGGACUUGGAGGAGCCGGCAUUGUCAGCGGAUGGAUCAGGGACGGAAUGGUCGCUGGCCGCGACGACGACAUCCACUGGACCGGCCAGACAAUACGGGAUAAUGUGUCAAGACGCUACACCACUGCAACUAUUUCGCCUCCGGUGAUCGACCAUGCUCUGGUUGUAGGAGAAGCCGACGAGGAACUGCUCGAGGGCAGUGAGCUGGGCAGUCUAAUCCCGGUACUCAGCACCCCCAGCACGUUUCUUCGGCUUGGAAUCCCGACCUUAAGCGCACGGUACUCUCUCUUUCUCGGUUUCUCACAGCUCCUGUGGCAAGCCACUGCUACUUGGAGCAUCUGUCACCGCAUCAGGGCGAUAGUGUGGCUGGCCGCCAAAGCCCCUUUCAUCAUCCUUGGGGACUUGUGGAUCAACGUGUACGCCUCGGUGAACUACGAUCCACUUGCGAACCGAGGCUUCUCCCAUGCUUCUCCAACCGGGGGACUCACCAAGUUUCAAAUUUUGUUUUGGAACUGGACAAAAUGGCUCCGAUGUGAUGCGAUGCCGUGGCUGGUGUCAGUGUGGGAGGAUUUAAGGGGAAUCUUGGUGCAGGGAACAUCGUUCUUUAGCCGGAACACCAAGAAGAAGAGGAAGAAGUGGCGGAUUCCUGGGCCGACGUUGCAAGGGAUCGUGGCAGACACCAAGUCACAGCUCGAGCGGGAAGAGGAGGAAAAGGAAUUGGAAAGACGCAGGAAAGAGCAGGAGACAGCUGCUGACAAUGGCAAUGGCGGAAGUCGUCGGAAAGGCGGCCGUGGAAACGGUGGUAGAAAGCAAAGGAAAUGGUAAAUGCACAUUUCUGAAUACUCUCCGUUCACUGUGAAGUGCUCUUGUAUGCUUUGUGGUGAAGUAAAUU